GAUGGAGUUGAGUUGUGUGGAUUGGAGUGGGAGGGGAGUGGGGUGGAUUGGCGCUGAAGUUGCAGAUUGUUUCAACUUCUCUAUUUGGUCCGGAUGUCACGGCUCUGGGCUCUGUUCGGGGCAGCAUUUCCUAUUAUUAAAGCGACCGUGUUUGUCUCUCUCUACCCGUGACCCUCUCUCUCUGCAUUUGCCUCUUCCAGUGUCUCUCUCUGUGUCGCCCCUGUAUAUCCCUGUCUCUCUCCCCGUGUCUUUCUCUCUCCCCUUAUCCCUUAUAUCCCUGUCUCUCUCCCCGUGUCUUUCUCUCUCCCCUUAUCUCUCUGUGAUAAUGGAUUAGUCACGCGCUGCUUGGGAGGCGAGUGACGCAGUGGUCACUUCCUCGUGCUCAGUUCGCUGGGGCACGCUUUGCAGGGUGCAACAGGCGCUUCGUGCGGCGUGUCUCGGGGCGGCUGUCGGUGCCACUUCAGUUCCAUGCCGUCCUUUUGGUCGUUCACGGAGGGCGCUUCCGCGAUGCCGCUCUUCGUGGUGUGCUGGACCACCGCCACCUUCGGAACCAGCUACCUCACGGCCGCAUUGCGCGGGGACGUGGAUCCCAUACUGCCCUAUAUUAGUGACACGGCUGGGCGCCCCCCAGAGAGCUGCGUGUUUGGACUGAUGCUGAGCAUAUCAGCGCUGGCAGCCGCUCUCACGAUGUUCGUACGCUACCGUCUGGUGGCGUACGCGACGUGUGGCCGCAGCUACGCCAUCUUUGUCAACCGCACGGGGUUCGCCAUCGGCCUCAUCAGCUGCCUCGGGCUCCUCGUGGUCGCCAACUUCCAGAACACCACGGAGUUCAAGGUGCACAUGACGGGGGCCGGGUUGGCGUUCGCGGGGGGCGCCCUCUACUCGACGCUGCACGCGCUCCUCUCGUGGUGCACGGAGCCCCGGGGGCUCGCGUGUGCGCGUACCGCCCUCAGCGUAUGGAGCCUCGCCAGUGGCGUCACGAUGGUGGUCGCUGUCUGCCUCGCCACUUGGGACCUCACGUACAAGUACCAGACUAAGACUCUGCUCCGAGUGUCCGCCGCGGCCGAGUGGAGCCUCGGGGUUUCCUUCCUCACGUUCUUCCUCACCUUCAUCCGCGACUUCCAGGGCAUGAGAUUCCGUGUAAUCGCGGAGCAGAGUCCGGAGCAUCAGGGUUUGCUGGACGAGAGGAGGCAACUUCUUCCCCAGUGAGGUCCUUGCGAGGACUCAACACGCGUCAUUCCGAGCCUCACCCGAGAUGCAACCCUUUCCUCUCAGACCUCGUUUCCGUCCCCAUCCCCGCGGAUCCCACAGUGGAGGCCAUGACAAUGAUAUAGUGUUGAUCGCGUUUUUAUAUUGAAUUAUUUUUAUACCAAUCGCGCUGCACUUAUAUUGAAUAACCACGUGAAUAAAUGACUUGACUCAC